AAGGGAGGCGAGAGGGGCGUGGACACAAGCAGAUGGCAGGAGAGCAAGACCCCAGGGCACCGGGCCUCCCGGGUGAGGCUGGGCCUCCCUGGGUGCUGCAGGGGAGGCAGGGCCCCAGGUUGGGGGAACUGAGUAUGACCUCCAGCUUGGGCUGGGGGAGGUGGCUGACUUCUAGCCCUGGCCCUCCAAGCUCAGCUGAGAGUGUGGUGCCCCCUUCAGAGGAAAAGGGGACAUUCGGAGGCCAGAGAUUUGUGGAGAAAGACCCCGAGAUGCUCACUCAGAGACCAGAGAGCUUCCCAGGCUGUCUGACUCGGGUCCCUUGGCUUCUGUUGCUGCUUCUCAGCUCUAUGGGCCUCUGCUUUGUGCUCUUGGUGACCACCCUGGUUCAAGUUUCCAGGGUACCUGGAUAUCCUCAGGAAAAGUUCCAGGAUCAUCAGGGCAACUCCAGCUUGGUUGCUGCUGCUGACCAGCAGAUGCACCCAGGCCUGGAGCAGAUCCGUCAGCAGCUGGCCUGGAUCAACGCCUCCCUGGCUGGCCUGUGCCGACCUUGCCCCUGGAGCUGGGAGGCAUUCCAGGAAAGCUGCUAUUUCUUCUCUCGGACCCUGGGCAGCUGGGAAGAUUCCGUCUCCUCCUGCCAGGCCAUGGGGGCCCACCUGGUGAUCAUCAACAACACUGCAGAGCAGAGAUUCCUGAGGUACUGGGACAUCAGAAAGAGUCAGCGUACCUGGAUCGGCCUCAGUGACCACAACAAUGAGGGUUCUUGGUACUGGGUGGACAACACCCCUCUCCGGCUCAGCUUCUGGAAGGAGGGGGAGCCCAACGAUUCUGGGAACGAGGACUGUGUGGAGCUGGUCGCGGAGGACUGGAACGACAGCAAAUGCGCCGCCCAGAACUUCUGGGUCUGUGAGCGGCCCUCCGCCCCCUGCCCUGGCGCCUGAGCGCCCUGCUGCCCAGUCCGCAGAGACGCAGCUCCUCAGGGCCGUCCCCUCGGCCUCCCGCUGGCCCUGCUGGAGGUCUCUGCCAUGCCCCGGGAGAGCCCCGCGACGCCCUCCCUGCCACCCGUCCCUCCAGGAGGGCGCAGCUCAGCCCUCCGCUGCAGGAACGCCUCCGCCCCUCUGCCCACUCAGGAAAGUCCCCGGGAGGCUGAGGUGUGGCUGGGUGGGACCCGUAACCUGGCAUGUGGAGGUCCCGUGUCCCACCCCCAGCUCUGCACAAACUGAAAUAAAGCACAUUCACUCGGGGUGUGACGCGCUCCGC